GUGUCUUAAAUGGAAAAUAUAUGAUUUCUGAUGAUCAGUCUCACGACUCUCAUCUCUUUCUCUUUCUCUAUAAAUGACCUAUUAUGAUGUUUAUGCAGCUAUAUAUAUGGACAUUUGUGUCUGUAUUUUUCUAUCCAUCUUCUCAUUCUAUAGUAGAAAAGAGGAAAAACACAAAAGACAACAGUAGAAAAGGAGAAAGAAAGAAAAAAUCUCACUUUGAUUUCUUCUACUUAUAUCUCUCAUCUUGCAAAAAAGCAAGAGGUCUCUUCUUAUUUUGCAGGUUGUUCCUCUUUGCCUCACCAUAUUUGAACAACAUCAUCAUCACUGAAUCUAUCCUUUUUUGUAGCACCUACCUCACCACUUUGCAGUACAAGGAAGUAGCCAAGUGCUAAUUCUAUCUCUCUUUUUAGUUAUUUAUUAUAUAUAUCCUUUAACCAGAAAAAGUUAUUUAUUAUAAAUAACUUAAAACCUAAUCUUUGCCCUAAAUCACUCAACUCGAUCUGGAGAAAGAACCCUAAUUUGGAAACAUAUCUAAAAAGCUAUGGAUUUGAUCUCUCAAAACCACAACAACAGAAACCCUAAUACCAGUCUCUCGACGCAAACCCCUUCUUCCUUUUCUUCUCCACCUUCCUCUAGCCGCUACGAGAACCAGAAACGCCGUGACUGGAACACUUUCUGCCAAUACCUCAGAAACCACCAUCCACCGCUCUCUCUAGCUUCUUGCAGUGGCGCACACGUCCUCGAUUUUCUGCGUUACCUUGACCAAUUCGGCAAAACCAAAGUCCACCACCAAAACUGCGCCUUCUUUGGCCUCCCAAAUCCACCGGCUCCUUGUCCUUGUCCUCUCCGACAAGCCUGGGGCUCACUCGACGCCCUCAUUGGUCGUCUCCGUGCAGCCUACGAGGAGAACGGUGGCGCUCCCGAGACUAGCCCUUUUGGCUCACGGUCCGUCAGGAUUUUCCUCAGGGAGGUUAGAGAUUUCCAGGCUAAGUCACGUGGUGUUAGCUAUGAGAAGAAGAGGAAAAGGGUCAACAACAAGCAAAUAACUCAGUCCCAACCACAGUCCCAACCGCCUUUACCCCAGCAGCCACAGCAGGAGCAAGGUCAGUCUAUGAUGGCUAAUUACCACCACGGUGCAACUCAAUAAUGUCGUAUAACUUUAUGUAUGCUCGCAUCUAGCUAUUUAUAUCUACGUAUCAACCUUUGUAUUCGUGUAACGCAAUCCCUAUUCUCCUCCACCCACUGUUAAUUUAUAUCAUUGUUUCUUAAUUAGACCUAUUGUUUUGUUUUUCUUAUAAUCAAUAAAUGAAAAGAACUUGGAUUUUA